AGGUCCAAGGACGAGUCUGAGAGGAGGAGGAGAAACGCUCAGAUUCAGUCACACCAUCCUCUGAGACUCAGACAGAAGACGUCCUGACAUCGAGUGAGGAAGAUGAUCAUCAGAGGAGCAUCCAGGACUGGACAAUAGCACACACACACACACACACACACACACACACACACACACACACUGUCUCUCACACACUCUCUCAGCGAGGCAGCAGAGGGAGCCCAGAGGGAAGGACGGCAGAGAGCAACACAGACUGCAAGAGGAUCGUUCUGCUUCUGAACGGAGCUCAGCAUCAACCUGAGGAGGGUUUCUCCUCCUCCUCCUCCUCCUCCUCCUCCUCCUCCCUCCGUCUGCUCCUCCUCCUCCUGCUCCUCCCGCCGGGCGACAGUCUCCGUGCGGCGUCGGAGACGACUGCUCCACCAUGAGCGAGGCCAAGAAAGGCGAGCUGGCCAUCCGGGACAAAGCCAUCCUGCACCAGCAGCGGCGUCUGAAGCAGGCCACGCAGUUCACGCACAAGGACUCGGCUGACCUGCUGCCCCUGGACGGGCUCAAGAGGCUGGGGACCUCCAAAGACCUGCAACCUCACAGCAUCGUGCAGCGCCGCCUGCUGGAGGGAAACAUCACGCGGCUGCGAGGCGAGGCCCGGGACCCCGGAUCGAGGGUCCGCUCCCCGCUGGCCGACACCAAGGACGGACCGGCGGACGCCGAGGAGAGGAGCGAGAGCACGGCCGACGACUCCACGGAGGAGAGGGAGUCCCUGGAGGAGAGCGAGAGGAGCCUCCGGUCGGACGAGGAGGACGACAGCAGCGAGGCCGGGGCCAGGCAGACGGCGGAGAAACCCGAAGGCGCCGACGACCCCACCCCCCUCACAGCUCUGCUCGUACAAUGCAAGUGCUGCGACACCGAAGUCAAGGCGUCCAUCAACACCGGCAGCCAGCACAACCACAUCUCCGCCUCCUGCUGCCGAAGGCUGGGUGUGCGGUGUGUUUCCAGACUGGUGCCCACUCAGGACAGCUCACAGUGCGGCUCGGUGACGGAUGUGCAGCUGCAGCUGGGCCGGCAGACGGUCCGAUGUUCAGCCUUGGUUAAAGAGGACGAGGCGUUGGAUCUGUGCCUGGGUCUUCACACUCUGCUGGAACUUAAAUGCUGCCUGGACCUGAGCCGCCGGGUGCUGAAGCUGCAGGGCUGCGGCGACGAGCUGCCCUUCCUCCGCCCCUCCGCCGACACCCAGUGCCAACACGACACCAACGAGAACCUGUGAGCCUCCGCCGCCGCCGCCGCCCCCCCCGUCCGGUCACAGCGUCUCGCACUGCCAGAAGACGGACUCGCCUCCUUCCUUCUUCAGUUUACAUCGCUGUGUUUGGGAGGGUGAAGACGUCCCGCCAUCUUUAUCUGUUCUGUUCACCCAGGACUUUAUUAAUGCUUCACCGAAAAAAAAAAAAAAAGAAAGUAUGUUCUGAUCGCCUCCUCGAUGGAACUGCCUGACGAUCAACACAACUUCUACAAGGGGGGAAAAAAAUCAUUUCAGUUAAAGUUUAGUGGAAUUUUUUUUGUGAUUUGACUGAAAAAAUUACUUUAAACAUCAAUAAAAUGUCCCAAAAAAAAAAAAUCAAGAAAAGCUAAAUAUUUUAGGUAAAAUUCUCAUUAAAGGAACAGUUUAUUGUUUGGGGAGUGUUUCCAUUUCCAGAUUUAAAAUCUGGAACCUCAUCGACACUAAAUCAGCAUUUAUAGGAGAGAAAGUCACGACUCCCGACUACAAAGUCUCAACAGAACAUAAAAUAUUCACUUUUUCUUACUUCAGUAGUUUCAAUUAAACCUGUAAUUCACAUCUAUCUGGUGAAGAAUCACAGGUUUGAAGCGACGGACUCCUGCAGGAAUCAUUUGUGUUUUUAUAUGGUAACUUCUCUAUCUGGCAUUUCUCUGACCGCCUCAACAACAAAGGAAACAAUAAAAUUUUCCAUCAUGUUUAAAGUUAUUACCACCAUGGACACAGUGCAAACGAAAAAGUUCACGAAAUGAAUGCAGCAGCUGCAACACGCAUGAAAGUCCACAAAGCGGAUGAAAAGACUCCAACGCUCCGACACAGAAUUGAAAAACACGACAGCAAAAGCCCGAAACAUGAUUAUAGAGCUCCAACAUUCAUUAAACGACAAACGCGCCUUCACCGACGCUGCUGCAUCGUUUGUGACCCUUUCUGAACAUUUCCCCGAACCCCAAACUGCUCCUUUACGAAUCAUCUGAGGCUGAUCUGAGGUCUGGUCUCAGGAAGCUCGUGUGAAGAGGAGCCGAGCGCGAGGAAACCAGCGGCGACGGCGGCGUCUGCAAAGCCCCGUCACUCCCGUCUUCCUCGCCGUGAGACCGAUAUGGAUCGGCUUCCAGCGCAGCGCAGACUGAAUUAUGACAGUUCCCUCUAAAAAAGCCCCUCCGAUAAAAAUAGCGUCCGGGCCGGCGAGUCGAGCUCCACUGAGUCAGACUCCGAAAUAUCUAAACAUUCCAUCUGCAUGACUUUGUGAAGUUCUGCCUUUCCAGAAGUCUGCAUGUUUGUGUACCAGUCUGACUGUGUCACAUCGAGCGUGUGCGCGCGUGCGUGCGUGUGUGUGUGUGUGAGUGAGAGAGAGAGAGAGAGAGAGAGCGAGAGAGACGGGGGUUUCUGCUCCUGUUUCACGUGGGAACAGGAAGGUUCUUAAGUUCCAUCUUCUCCCAGACGGUCCAUCGAACCAGCUGCCAGGAGUCGAUCCAGCUGCCCCCCCACCACCCCCACCACCCCUUUCCCCCCCGAUCUCUUCGUUUCACAGUGAGGAGACUGAAGAACUGCCUGCAGCGUCUCACUGCAGGCCGUCCCGCUCUGCUUUAAAAGAAUAACCACCCCCCCCGCGCCCCCCCUCACCACCACCCACCCGCUUCUGACUGUGCGUCGGUUUGAAUCCAUCCUCUUCUUGGUGGUCAUGUCCGUUUCCGUUUGAUGUGCUCGUGACCUUCCUAUGGCCUGUGAGAGGAGUCGGUGUACCACAGAAAUUUAUUUUUGGUGUUUUUUCUUCUUCUGGACAGUAUUUUCUCUGCCUAAUAAAAUAUGUAUUCUGGCUA